GUCCUGAUGCUGCUGUUGUGUUAGCCGUUAGCGUUAGCAUUACUCGAGUCUCCUUCAUCUGUCGCCGGUGAGCCGUGGCCCGGUUCUGCUGCACAGGUUCGACCUGCAAUCUCUGAUAAAAUGGCUGUUCCUCCAGCGUACGCAGACCUGGGAAAGGCUGCAAAGGACGUCUUCAAUAAGGGCUACGGUUUUGGAAUGGUGAAGCUUGACGUCAAAACCAAGUCUGCUAACGGUGUGGAGUUUAAAACAUGUGGCACGUCUAACAUGGACUCAAACAAGGUCAGUGGGAACCUGGAGACCAAGUAUAAAUGGGCCGAGUACGGACUGACCUUCACGGAGAAGUGGAACACGGACAAUACGCUGGGCACGGAGAUCACCGUCGAGGACCAGAUCACCAAAGGACUGAAGCUGACCUUUGACACGACCUUCUCACCCAACACUGGCAAGAAGAGUGGCAAGGUGAAGUCGGCCUAUAAGCGCGAGUACCUGAACGUGGGCUGCGAUGUGGACUUUGACUUCGCUGGUCCCGCGGUGCACGGCGCGGCUGUGCUGGCGUUCGAGGGCUGGCUCGCCGGCUACCAGAUGACCUUUGACACCGCCAAGUCCAAAAUGACUCGCAGCAACUUUGCAAUCGGAUACAAGACGGGAGACUUCCAGCUGCAUACUAAUGUGAAUGAUGGGACAGAGUUUGGCGGCUCUAUUUAUCAGAAAGUGAACGAUGACCUGGAGACGGCAGUGAAUCUGUCCUGGACCGCGGGGAACAGCAGCACACGCUUCGGCAUCGCAGCCAAAUACAUGCUGGACUCCAGCUCCUCCAUCAGUGCGAAAGUCAAUAAUUCCAGCAUGGUUGGGAUCGGCUACACUCAGACCCUCAGACCAGGAGUGAAGCUAACCCUUUCUGCUCUGGUUGAUGGGAAGAGCAUUAACGCUGGAGGUCAUAAACUGGGUCUGGGACUGGAACUGGACGCAUAGUGUGUGUGUGUGUGUGUGUGUGUAUCUCUGAAGAGUCUCAUAUCUCCUCACACAGACGACGGUCACACAAACAUAACCGUCGUCUCUUAUUUAUUUGCACGGUCGAUAUUUCUCUCCAAACCAGCGCUUUCAAUGUGUGUGCUUUUCUGUACGGGUGAUUUUUUUUUUUUUUUUUUUUUUUUUUUUUAUUAGCAGGAAUACUUAACCAAAAAAUGUAAUUGUUAUUAUUUGCUCUUCCUCAUGUUGUUGCAAACCUCUAUGCUGCUUUAUGAUGACUUUCGACAAAUCUUUAUGCAGCUCUUUUCUAUACAACUAAGUGACCAACACUGUCAAGCUAAAAAAAAAACACAUUAAAAACACAAUUUAAAAUAAUAAAGUCUUCUAAAACCUUAUGAUAUCUUUGUGUGAACAACAUAUUGUGAAAAGAAAUGACUUUUUGGAGCUUGACAGUUUUGAGCAGUUACGAACAGAAAAAGCUUCAUAAAGGUUCACUACGAUCAAGAUGCUCGUAAUACUCGCCCUGUAAAUACUGGCAGAAGUCUAAUGUUGGCCUGAUCUUUUCCUUUACUGUUCCUCUGAAUGUAAAUGAUGGUUUGCACAUGAAGCUGCUGUGUGUGGUGUUCAGACGCUUGUGUUAGCUGAUUUCUGCUGUUGUGCAGUUCUUCUCUCGCUGUAUUCAGGCUUUAUGGUGUUCGAACAGGUUUUCUGGUGAGAUGUUUGGAGAGCUGACACACUCUCUCCAGAAACACUCACGAGGGACGACCAGAGCGUUUCCCUGCGAAACCGCACAAUCACACCCGUGUGUGUGUCAAACCUUUGCAAUAAAGUCCUUGUUUAACUACA